AUGAAUAAUAUCCUAUGCAAAGAUCAUCCAGAUAAUUCAAUAAUUUUUAUUAUUUGGAAUUAUACAACUGUUAAAUUUGUGUGCGAUGAGUGCAUGGGAACAAAUUUACUAGAAGGAGAUUAAAAAUAAGAAAAAUGGAAAAAAUUGGCAAUCAGGAAAGCCUUCAAGGAGCCAGAAUACUUCCUAACUUAAUUUGAUUUAAAUGAAUAAAGCAAAUUAGUUAUGACUACCCUUUAAAAAUGUUAGGAUGCUUAACUUAAAGAUAUUAUUUAGAAGAUAGAGUUAUGCAUUAAAGAAAUAUAGUUAAUUUGUGAUAAAAUUAUUGAUGAAUUAAAAUAGGAAGUUAUCAAAUUAAUAAAUGAUAAAGACUUUCUUAGGAAUUAACUUCAUAAAGUAUGAUAUAUUUAAAUAUAGGUUUCCUAUUAUUAAGAAUUUAAAGAUUUAAUCGAAAAUCUUAAUAAUACUAAAUCAACAGUCUCUCAUGAUGUUGUUAAAUAGGCAGAAAAUAAAUUAGAAAAAUUAUUUUAGGAUAUUGGAAAAAAUUCAGCAAGUUUUAAUAAAGAAAUAUAAUAAGUUUCAGAGACAGUUAAAAUACAUAGGAUUAAUGGCUUAUAAGGAAUAGUAUAAUUAAAAGUGUAAAUAGAAUAAUUUAAACAAAUAUCCACUUUUAAAUUUUCAAGAUUAAAACCAAUUGUUCCUGAAGAAUAUUUUUAAUAUCUUCUAAAUAAAAUAAGUCUAGAUGCAAAAAAAUAAAUUAAAUCCACUGAUCGCAUAUUCAAUUUAUACAAGGAUAAUCUGAAUUCAAUAAAUUUUUGGAAUUGUGUUAAGGAUAAAGAAAACUUAUUAAUGAUAUUUGAAUCACAAAGUGGGAAUAUUUUUGGUGCCUACACUCCUUUAAAGUGGGUUUAUGAAGAUAAGGAGAUAAUGGAUCCUUCAUGCAAUUCAUUUUUAUUUUCAUACACUCACAAGUCUAUACAUUAAAAUAUAAAGAAUCGCUGUGCAUUACUUUUAAAAAAAGGUAAAGGUCCUUGUUUUGGAUAAUAUACAUAUUCCUAUACUCCUUCAAAGGAUUUAUAUAUUGAAGGUGAUUUUCAAAAUGGAUCUGCAGAUUUAGGAAAUGCAUAUACUAAAGAAUCCUCAUAACAUUCUUCAACACAUUUAUUUGGACAAGACACUCCAAAUAUAAUAUAAUGCCAGAUAUUUUAGAUAAUAUUUAAAUGGUGGUGA